UACUCGGAGCGAGUGGUAUUUUCGCUAAAACACUGCGCUUUUUCAUCGUUUCUGCAGAGUACGACGAACAAUUAGUGAUAUUUUUCGACUGUUUCAAUGAGUAAUUACGUUCCAAACACGGGCAAAUACGUUGCCGAGAAACCGGAAGGAGAUGACACCAAUGAGAUAGGCUAUCGUCAGUCGAAGGAGAACGACAAGAUCGAUCUCAAGUAUGGAUACGAACGGGUCAAAGACACUCAAGAGCGCACCGGGUAUCUGGUCAACAUGCACUCGACCGAGAUCUUGAAUCAAGACCGGCGGCUGGUAGCUGCGCUGGAUUUGUAUUUCCUGCAGAUGGACGGCACCCGGUACAAAAUGACAAUCAUCUACGCUCCGUAUCUGCUGCUGAUCACCAAGGAAGGCCAAGCGUUGGAAGUGUCGAAGUUUCUAACGAAAAAGUACUCGGGCCAGCUGCUCAAUGUGGAAUUUAUUGAGCGGGAGGAUCUGGAUCUUCCGAACCAUCUCAGCGGGUUGAAGCAAAAUUUGCUGAAACUAACCUUUGCCAACACCACUCACAUGACCAAAGUCAAGCGCGAUUUGGCGGCCGCUGUCCGCAAGAACAAGGAACGUGAUAAGGCCAACACCUACUACAUGCAGAUGCUGAGUAAUUCGUUGGCCGUUGCUUCCGAAGGAGGCGCGGGUUCCAAUCAGAAUCAGGAUUUCUACGACAGCAUCAUGGAUAUGAGAGAGCAUGACGUACCCUACCAUGUGCGAGUAUCGAUCGAUUUAAACAUUUUCUGUGGCCUCUGGUACACGAUGCGUUGCCGGGGCGGAGAUGAAACCCCUUUAAUAACGCCUCGGCCAGAUAUUCUAGAUCGACCCGAACCGGUGGUACUGGCGUUUGACAUAGAAACAACCAAGCUGCCACUCAAGUUUCCGGACGCACAGACUGAUCAAAUCAUGAUGAUCUCGUACAUGAUCGAUGGCCAGGGCUACCUGAUCACGAAUAGGGAAAUUAUCAGUGCUGAAGUCGAGGAUUUUGAGUACACUCCGAAGCCAGAAUUCGAAGGACACUUUAUCGUGUUCAAUGAACCAAAUGAAAUGACCCUGAUUCAAAAAUUUUUCGAUCAUAUUCUGGACGUAAAACCGCACAUUUUUGUGACCUACAACGGGGACUUCUUCGAUUGGCCUUUCGUGGAAGCCCGGGCAGCGGUGUACGAUUUAGACAUGAAGCGGGAGAUCGGAUUUUCGAAGGUGAAUGCCCGGGAUGGGAACUAUCUGUGCCGACCAGCCAUGCACAUGGAUUGUCUCUGUUGGGUUAAGCGAGAUUCGUACUUACCGGUCGGUUCCCAGGGCUUGAAAGCCGUGGCCAAAAGUAAGCUGCGCUACGAUCCUGUCGAGCUGGACCCCGAGGAAAUGUGCAAGAUGGCCGUUGAGCAACCACAGGUUUUGUCCAACUAUUCCGUUUCGGAUGCAGUUGCUACCUAUUAUCUGUACAUGAAGUACGUGCAUCCUUUCAUCUUUGCCCUGGCUACCAUUAUUCCCAUGGAACCGGACGAGAUCCUACGUAAGGGUUCCGGUACGUUGUGCGAAUCAUUGCUGAUGAAGGAAGCGUACCAUGCCAGGAUUGUUUUCCCCAAUAAGCAGGUUAGCGAACUGAACAAAUUGACUGCAGAUGGCCACGUGCUAGACUCAGAGACAUAUGUCGGUGGACACGUGGAAGCACUGGAAUCGGGUGUGUUUAGGGCAGAUAUUUCCACACGGUUUCGGCUAGACCAGGACAUGCUGAAACAACUACAGGAUAAUGUCGAUAAGGUGGUGGAAUUUGCGAUCGUCACAGAAGAGGGCGUGCCGUUAGAUUUGGUGACAAAUCUGGACGAAGUGACCGAACAGAUUAAGGCCUCGUUGCAGCAAUUGUAUGACACACCGAGCCGAAUUGAGCAACCGGUUAUUUAUCAUUUGGAUGUGGGAGCUAUGUAUCCUAAUAUUAUUUUGACCAAUCGUUUGCAGCCGUCGUCGAUGAUUUCAGAAACGGAUUGUGCUGCGUGCGAUUACAAUAAACCGGAUGCAAAGUGUAAGCGAGAUAUGGAAUGGAUGUGGAGAGGCGAGAUGUUGCCGGCUUCAAGAAAUGAAUUCCAACGCAUCCAACAGCAGCUGGAAACGGAAAAGUUUCCACCGUUGUUCCCCGGUGGACCUCCGAGGGCUUUUCACGAGUUAUCUAAGGAAGAUCAGGCCAACUAUGAAAAGAAGCGGUUGAGCGAUUACUGUCGAAAAGCAUACAAGAAGACAAAGGUCACGAAGUUGGAGACACGAACCUCGACGAUCUGUCAGAAAGAGAACAGUUUCUACGUCGAUACUGUGCGAGCUUUUCGUGAUCGACGUUAUGAAUACAAGGCUCUUACCAAGGUGGCCAAAGCAGCAGUUACGGCGGCUGUGAAAAGUGGUGAUGCCGGUGAAAUUAAGGCUGCCAAGGGUCGGGAGGUCUUGUACGACUCUCUUCAAUUGGCUCACAAAUGUAUUCUGAACUCGUUCUAUGGUUACGUCAUGAGAAGAGGAGCCAGAUGGCACAGCAUGUCGAUGGCAGGCAUUGUGUGUCUUACGGGAGCAAACAUCAUCACUAAAGCUAGGGAGAUUAUAGAGAGAGUUGGUCGACCAUUGGAAUUGGACACUGAUGGAAUUUGGUGUAUUCUACCAGCGUCGUUUCCGCAAGAAUUCACUGUAACUACAAAUCAUCCAAAAAAGAGUAAAAUCAAUGUGUCAUAUCCAAAUGCUGUGCUGAAUACGAUGGUGAAGGACUACUUCACAAAUAACCAAUAUCAUGUACUGGAAAAGCCUCAUGAACCUGGAAGUCCUGCAGUGUAUUCAAUCAAAGAUGAGAAUUCAAUCUUCUUUGAGGUGGAUGGUCCGUAUUUGGCAAUGGUGCUACCGGCAGCUAAGGAAGAAGGCAAACGAUUGAAGAAACGUUACGCUGUUUUCAAUUUCGACGGAUCACUUGCUGAGCUAAAAGGUUUCGAGGUUAAACGACGUGGAGAACUUCAGUUGAUCAAGAUCUUCCAGAGCUCGGUAUUUGAAGCAUUCUUACAGGGAUCGACGUUAGAACAAUGUUAUGCGUCUGUCGCUAAAAUAGCCGAUUACUGGUUGGACGUGUUGUACAGCAAAGGCCACAACAUGCCGGACAGCGAGUUAUUUGAGUUAAUUUCUGAAAACCGAUCAAUGUCUAGGAAGUUGGAAGACUACGGUGAGCAAAAAUCUACAUCUAUUUCUACGGCCAAGCGCCUAGCGGAGUUUUUGGGUGAUCAGAUGGUGAAAGAUGCCGGUUUGGCUUGCAAGUUCAUUAUAUCUAAGAAACCGGAUGGUGCACCGGUAACUGAGAGAGCGAUUCCACUGGCAAUCUUCCAAUCCGAACCCAGUGUGCGUCGCCAUUAUCUGCGUCGCUGGUUGAAAGAUAAUACUAUGGGAGAUGCAGACAUUCGAGAUGUUUUGGAUUGGCAGUACUAUAUUGAACGGCUGGGAGGUACAAUUCAGAAAAUUAUCACAAUUCCAGCUGCUCUGCAAGGUUUGAACAAUCCGGUUCCGCGAGUUCAACAUCCUGAUUGGUUACACAAAAAAAUGUUGGAGAAAAACGACACGCUUAAACAAAGACGUAUCAGUGAAAUGUUUACCGUUAAAGAGAAACCGAUAGUGGACAUGGAAGAUUUUGGAAGAGCGCGAUCGCCCACAAGUGGGCCAAACCUACCAAUUUGUAAUUCUAAGCGAAGACGUACGCCUUCACCGGAAGAUCCAACAGCUCCGGAACCCAAAACAUGGAGGGAAGCCUUAGGGGCUCCUCCACCGGUGGGAAGUUCAAAGGAAGAAUUACAAGCUUGGUUGGCUUUCCACAAAAGGAAGUGGAAAUGGCAGUUGACACAGAGAAAGAAGCAUAGAGAUCCUCAACUAAACAAACGGUCACGGAUGGAGGAAGAAGUGCCAGUUGCAAGUUCGUUGGGGUCUGGCCGACAAGCUGCUACUCUGGGUGGUUUCUUGCGUAAAACUCAACGUUCAUUGAUCGAACAGACCUGGCACGUGAUUCAGGUAAUUGCUACGGAUGAAAUGGGCAACUUUAACGUUUGGGCAAUGGUUGGCGAAGAAUUGCACAAGAUUCGUUUGACCAUUCCGAGAAUAUUUUAUGUUAAUCAAAGAACACCGGCACCGCUUGAGGAGGGUACCAUGUGGAAAAAGGUUCAUCGAAUUCUACCACGUGCUCGACCUGUUUACCAUUUGUACCAGUAUGUAGUACCUGAGAAUGUAUUCCGAGAUAAUCGUUUGGGUAUGCUGGCGGAUUUGGCGACCCCAGAUAUUGAGGGGAUUUAUGAGACGCAGAUGUCUUUGGAAUUCCGAGCAUUGAUGGAGCUUGGCUGUACCUGCGCAGUUCAACGUUCAGAAGCACGAAGUUUGGCAACCCUUGCUACGAAGGACCUGGAUUCUUUCAAUAUUCAGCAGUUGGAGAUGCGGAGCUCGCAUGUGCCGUAUCUGAAAGACGGAAGAAACAUGAGAAAAAUAUUUUUGUAUCAACACAAUAUACCGUCGGGAAAGCGAGAGAUGUGGGGUCUAUUCAUGGGGCCCAGCAAGAAAGCGAUCAUUGUAGUUCUGGACACAGUGCGAACCAAUCAGUUGCCAACGUUGAAGAAUCUCUAUACAUCGGAACGGUUGGCUUUGAUUAAAGGUGAAAAUGAAACGUUAACCGAAGAAAGUUUGCCUCCUGCUGAUAUGACUUUUGAAUCCUUUAUGGAGGUUGAUCCUAAACAGGUGUAUCAGCGUAUUUCUCGAGCUUUAUCAGCUUAUAAAGAUGAAAAACGGGGCCCCACAAUUCUUUGUGUACAGACAGCGAUGGGAUUGCAGAAGUUGAACCAGCUGUUACCAGCUUGUUUGGAAUUCCCUGAAACUCAAAUUCACAUUGCGGACAACGCAUCUCUUCUCUCAGGUCUGGAAUGGCAACGACAUGGAGCUCGAUCGAUGGUGCGCCAUUUCCUGAAUUUGAAUCACGUUGUUGAGAUGAUGUUGGAUCAGUGCAGAUACUUCCAGCUUCCAAUUGGCAAUAUGCCAGCUGAUACGGUGCUCUUCGGAGCUGAUUUGUUCUAUUCACGCCAUUUGCAGAAAAAUAAUUUCAUUCUGUGGUGGUCGCCGAGCUCACGUCCGGAUUUGGGUGGCCGUGAAGCCGAUGAUUCUAGACUGCUAGCAGAGUUUGAGGAUAACAUUUCGGUGGUGCAGAAUCGAUCUGGUUUCUACAACACUUUCAGCAUAGAGCUGAACCUCGAAAGCUUGGCAGUUUCGGCGCUUCUACAAGCAAGUCGGAUUCAAGAAAUUGAGGGUGCUACUUCGGCCACAACAUUUGAUGUAAUUCCACAAGCUUCCCUGGAUGAUAUGAUCAGUAAUCAGGGUAUCCAAACAUUGCCCAGCUACGAUGAAACCGCACUCUGUUCGCAGGCGUUCAGAGUGAUGCGAACCAUGGUCAAUGGAUGGUUACGGGAAGUUUCCAUAAAUCGUAAUAUCUUCUCCGACUUCCAGAUCAUCCAUUUUUAUCGGUGGGUUCGAUCAUCGAAAGCAUUGUUGUAUGAUCCAGCAUUACGCCGGGCAUUGAACACCUUGAUGAGAAAGCUGUUUCUUCAAAUAAUCGCUGAAUUCCAGCGGCUUAAAGCCGAAAUCGUGUAUGCUGAUUUUAACCGAAUAGUAAUUCAUACUGGGAAAAAGACUCUUUUCGAUGCCUUGGCAUACACGGAUUAUGUUGUCCAAAGUAUAAGAAAUAAAGAAAUGUUCCACAGUGUGUCGCUGUCGCAUCAACAAUCUUGGGAAUUUCUCCUUUGGAUUGAUACUGCAAAUUUCGGUGGUAUUAGAGGCAAGGAACUCGCCCCGGAUACAGAAACUGCUGAAACGGAAGCAGAAGAAGAAGAACUUUCUCUGGAGAUGAAUUGGAACAUCGCGGAGCAAUUGCCAGAAACUGGACGUUGCAGAGAGCACUUUGAACAGUUUUUGAUUUCCUAUUUGGAAACUAUGGCAAGCGGCGUGCCAGCUGCGAAGGCUUUGAAAAAGUUGUCCCAUGUAGCCUACGAUAUGGUUCAGAAAAUGCACAAAAACUACGGCCGCGGAAAGGAUGGACCUGCUCUAGAGUUCAUCAAAGCCGUUUGCAAGGUCCUGAUGGUCAACAAAGAAACUGAGGAAGAGCUGACAACUCUGCGUCGUAACAUGUUGCUCCUGGUUGGAGUGGGAGACUUCAGUGACAAAGCGGUAUGGAAGGAUCCACUCAAAUCCUAUGUCCUGAACGAGGUGAUCUGCAAAGCCUGCAAUCACUGUCGUGAUCUGGACCUCUGCAAGGAUAAUCACCGAGCUCUGAAGGAUGGCCACCCGGUGUGGCUGUGUGCACAGUGUAAUGUUGAUUAUGAAAAUGUGGAUAUCGAGAUGCGUUUUCUCGAUGUGGUUCAGCGCAAGGUGAUGUCCUACGUAUUGCAGGAUUUACGCUGUGGACGGUGUAAGCAAAUUAAGCGAGAAAAUCUGGCUCAAUUUUGCAACUGCGCUGGUAGCUUCGAAAAUCUAAUAUCGGCGGCUGACGUGAGACGGCUAUUGGGGACUUUCCUAACGGUGGCUAACGAUUAUCGCAUGCCACUGUUGAAAGAAACCAUCGAGCAUACUUUGAAUACUUGCUGAAGGAUGGUAGGCUUUUAAAUUAUUUAACCUAUUUUUCGAAAAAUAAAAACCUUCUCAUAUGUA